AACUUGACGCGUAGUUACAAUUCCGCCCACUCUCUUACUCUCCGCGAGGUCUGUUGUUUCACCGAUGCCCGUAUCGAGCAGAAGAAAGUGCGGUCCAAAGCGCCUAUAGAGCGCCCUUCGUCGUAUUGUCUUCCUCCAGAGGCACAGCCAGCCUUCCAGGAAUCCUAUCAGGGAACUGUCCCACCAUGGAUAAUUUUAGUAUUCAGAUUAGCUCCAAUCUGGUUAAUAAGCUUGUUGAGGAUGCUGAGAAGUCAAAGAGGAAACCUAGAAGAACUAAAAAGGCAACACGAGAGCGUCCACAGCCCCAAGCGAAGAUAACUCAGAAGCAGGGUUCUGAUGACUCUGAAACACUCAAGGGGCCAGGUGCUAAAGGAUGGCCUUUUCAGUCUCCUCUAUUCGUGCCUGUAACGCCUCCUUCACAGUCACCCUAUGAGGAGCUUGAUGCCAUCAGAUCUGUUCUGCAAGAGAGCGAGAGGGUUGUGGAGCAGUUGCAGAAGCAGGAGGAGAACAUGCUGCAGGAAGUGACACAAAAAGCCAAGGAACUUCGUGAUAAGGAGUUCAAGCUUCCAUUCCAGAAGCCUAUGCCCUGCUCAAAUGAAAAAGAUGCUUGCUUGUCUUGCUACAAGGAGCAUGCCGACAACCCUCUGAAAUGUGCCGGUGUUGUUACAAGUUUUGAAAAUUGCGCUCGCAGAAUUAGGCAGCAAGUGGGUUCAGCAGAGAAGUAAUUAAGUAUAGAGAUUUUCAGGUCAUAUACUCGAUUGCAAGCCGAUUUCCAAGAUUUUGGUAUUACAAAAUAAACCAAACACUAAUUAGUGCCAUGUUCUUGUACUGUCAUCACAUUUCUGUUGAUUCUUCAACUUUACAUAUGCCGAAACUGCUGCUAAUUCACGAGAACAAGUGAAAUGUCCACGAUUUUAGACAUGUCUAUCACAAAUUUACAAGUUUUUGUAUUCAAAUCAA